UUCUGUAGCGUUUCCUGUUGGACGUGUGUAUUGACGCAGGUGCCUGGUGUGUGUUAUUCGUGCAGCUUGUCUUGUUCUCGCAGUGCCAGGACUUCACCCUGCUGACCCGUCGUUAGCCGCUCACCCAGCUGCCUCAUUUUUAGAGGUUCCUAGCUAGCGUUAGCCACAUAGCUCGCCUUUAAUAAUGGUGUGCUUAUGAUGGUUUGUCGUAAUGUUUUGUAGCGUGCUGCUAAAAUCUUACCUCGGGUCAUGUUCUGAGAAAUUGUUAGCCACACUAAUUUUGCUAGGUAGCGGUCCUAAUGCUCACACCCACUGUCAAAACAAGCUAGCUGGCUAUCAUAUCUGAUUCUGAAUGAGCCUCAGAGUUAGCAAAUAGCUAGCUUGCUAAUAUUGAGCUAGAAUUAUUCGUCUAAGGACCUACCAACGUCAGAUAUUUCAGCCUGUCAUAUGUUGUCGUCGUGUUUAAGCGUUGAGUAACAGCAGUAUUUCAGAGGUGCAGUGUGUCAGUGAGCUUGCAGUAGGAGUUGGAGCGCAGCGCUGGGUUUAACGGUAGCUGUCACUGUCACUGUCCCGACAAACUCGGAAAGUUCCAGAAACCAGCAGAGCGGCUCGAAAACUGAGGGAAGUUUCACACGGAAUUCAACUUGUGCUGUUGAGUUUAACAGUGCUGUUAAACUGUGAAAUGGGCAUAAAAGGUAACAUAAGCACUUGGACGAGUGUAUAGGACCAAGCAGCCUUGUAGGGAUCAUGGGCGAGAAUGGCCCUCAAACUGACACAGCCAUGCUCUCAUCCAUGUUCUUUGAAGAGGAUGAGGACGAUGUCGACAAACUGGGCAGAGAGGACUAUGAUGAGUGCAAAAUGGCCGAUUCUGACAAAGAGGACAUGCAGAUUCCCAAACCCUCAUCGUCCUCAGCACGGGUGUAUGACCGCACCACGGUACUCAUCGAACAGGACCCUAUUCAUCUAGAUGAGGAAGGAGAAGAGGAAGGUCACUGUGGGCCAGACGACGAUGGUGUGGCGUUUUUGGCCAAUGGUGAUGGAGAUGAGGAGGGGACGCUGGCCUUCAUGGCAGACCCCGACAGCAUGGCACAGGGCUAUGUGCACCACACCAUCUCACCUGAUCAGAUCCAGUUCAUCAUCAAUCCCGGGUCCACCCCCAUGCCCCGCAACAUUGAAGGAGCCACGCUUACGCUGCACUCUGAGUGCCCAGAGACCAAGCAGAGAGAGGUAAAGAGGUACCAGUGCACUUUUGAGGGCUGCACUCGCACCUACAGCACAGCGGGAAACCUACGCACACAUCAGAAAACACACCGUGGUGAAUAUACCUUUGUUUGCAACCAGCAGGGCUGUGGUAAAGCCUUCCUGACCUCCUACAGCCUAAAGAUCCAUGUUCGAGUGCAUACUAAAGAAAAACCAUUUGAGUGUGAUGUACAGGGUUGUGAAAAAGCCUUCAACACACUGUACAGGCUGAAAGCACAUCAGCGGCUGCACACAGGAAAAACAUUUAACUGUGAAUCAGAAGGAUGCACGAAGUACUUUACCACUCUCAGUGACCUGAGGAAGCACAUUCGUACUCACACAGGAGAGAAGCCGUUUCGGUGUGACCAUGACGGCUGUGGUAAAGCUUUCGCUGCUAGUCACCACCUGAAAACACACGUGCGUACACACACUGGAGAGAAGCCUUUUUUCUGCCCUAGUGAUGGGUGUGAGAAGACUUUUAGUUCACAGUACAGUCUGAAGAGUCACAUUCGGGGCCAUGAUAAGGGCCCUUCAUACCCAAUUAGCCUCAGCCAUCCUCUGUCAGAGGAUGCAAAUCAUUCUCUGUGCCUCAGUGAUUUGAGCCUCAUUUCUACAGACUCUGAGCUUCGAGAAAACAAUUCUCAGAGCUUGGAUCUGAAUAAUAUAACUCCUGUGAAGAUAUUCGAGUUGAUGUUACAGAGCCCUGAAAACAACGUUAGUCAAGAUGACCAACAUCCGUCUGACAACCUAGUGGAGGCUUUUGGCUUGGAGACGCCACCACCGGCAGCAGUGACAGAUUCAUCCACUCUCCUACCAUUCUCUCAGAUGCCUUCAUCCUCCUCUUCUUCUAGCUCUCUCACCACUCCUGUCCUAGAGAACUCCACACAGCCUGGCUCCUCCUCCUGUCAGGCACCAUCCUCCAACAGCUCCACACACACUUCUCCACAGUCUGCUACUUUCCCCUCUUUCCUCCAUACCUCACUACAAACACCAGAAGUGCCCGCUCUAGCUGCGCCCGCUGCCACCCAACACUACACCCCAGUGGUGCCCACAGCACCUGCCAGCUCCAUACCAGUCUCUGUCCCGACAGUGGCCAGCGUCUCCAGUCCUGCAUCAGACAUCAGCACAGGAGCAGCUGCAGUAGUAACGCACACAGUGCCUUUAGCAGGCAGUGCCAGUCUGGCACCCACACCCACCAUCACCAUCGCACCCACGCAGGGCCUCCUGCAGCCCAGCCUUGUCAUGUCUGACCAGAAUCUGCAGUGGAUCCUCAGCAGUGCUGCCAAUGCACAGCACAAUCCUGAACAGCAGGGCCCAAAAGUGGAAAAGGUCUUCUUCACAACAGCCAUACCUGUAGGAGGACAUUCAGGUAACCCUGUGCAGCAGAUUGGCCUUAGUCUCCCCGUCAUCAUCAUUAAGCAGGAGGAGGCAUGCCAGUGUCAGUGUGCCUGCAGAGAUUCGGCUAAAGAAAGGAGCUCCAGUCAGAGCGCUGCCUCCUCACAGCAGGAGCCUAAAGACAUUUCUCCACCACCUCCAGCUCCUUCGGUCACGCCCGCUGUUCCAGAGUGCUGUUCCACCAAGGUGAGCGCUCCCCUUUCCUCUGGCUCCACUCAGACUUUCCACAGCGAGGCAAUGGUGUCCAGCACUCCCUCAGACAGCCUAACAAAUGUGGACGUAGUGGACCUACUCAGCCCUGAAACCACAGCCAACAUCGAGGCACUGCUGAUGGUCGCUGAUGAGUUCUCCAUGGGUGAGGGCAACAGCAACACCACCACCUAGAGGACGUUGAGGGUCAAACUCCCUCAGUCUUUCUUUGCAUUCAUUUUUUUAAUGGGCACCAUUAUUUCUACUGUUAUGCAGUUUCAGUCUGAUUCAUAAGGGUAUCUUGUGUAAACCAGGGGUCAUGUGUGUCAGACUUCCCAGUGUAAGAAGGCUAUGAUCUAUGAUCAGCUUUGGUCUUUCCUGUUCUUUAAAACAUGAUCUUCCGGACAUGGGCUGCUCAAUACAUGCGAAUCUUUAGCUAGUAUUUUACACACAGUGCACUCUGAUUAAUUCAGAUCUGUGCUAUUUGUGUACUUUCAGAUUGUGGAAAUGUCCCCACUGAAAAUAUAGGGCUGUAAGUAGCCAUUUGCUUGAAGUUGCUUCACCGUUUGCACUGUAUAAUAAUAGUCCUUCCAGACAUUCUCAUGAUGUGCUAUGGUCUGUUCAGACUACUGUAAUAGUCUCUGUAGCAUAUCAGAGAAAGAGAGUAUAAGGACAAAAAAACAAAACCAUUUGGAAAUGCAAAGAAUCAAAUAAUUACUAUCUACUAACUCAGAUUAUACAAAACAUAAGCAAUAUUAUAAAUCUUUAAUUAUUCAGAUGGUAACAUUUUGUUAGUAUGAUUCAAGUUACGUAGUCUAGUUUGGAGUAGAAUUUGGAAAUUUUAUAGGGUACAGGCCAGUCAUAGAUUGACAAGAACUCAAUGCACUGAGACGUAUUCACCAAGACAAAUUUGACUUGUUGACCAGUCACACUGAAAUUAACAAAAUGAAAUGUUCACUUGUGAUUCACCAGAAUGUACUGCAUGUAAGUGUAAUUGGCAGUUCGGGCCCUCUGAAUGGUUAUUAAAGCCCUUUCAGAAUGUGGUCUUUCAAAUCUAGGACAUGCCAUGUGAUAAGAAAAGUAUUUUAUGUGUAAUUUAUUUAGGAAGACUACAGUAGCCCAUGAAAUGUGAUUCUAAUGUAAUCUUGAAGCAGUUUCUGUCAACAGAAAAUACUUGCUUUUAAGUGUAAAUGAUAGCUAUAUGUGGUUGGCUGCCUGUAACAUUUAUUUAAUUUUUAGAUGUUAAUUUAUUAAAAUAAUUUCUAUCAUUAGAUCAAUGCAGUACAUAUUUUCGAUAAAAUAGCCUACUUUUUAACUUGGUGGACCAAGUUAUUUUCUUCAUCUUUUUAUUUUUGGUGGAGUCAGCCACCAAAGGUAAAGAAAGAUAUAUAUUUUCUUCUCCUUCUUCUUCUUGCCUUUGGGUUGCAGGUCAGGCAGGGUAAUGCAGCUGGAGUUGCCCAGCCUUGUUGCUGCUUUGUUGUUACUGAAUUGAUUUCAGCCUCUGACCUUUCUUCCUUUAUUUAGACCCAUGUAAGUCUCACUGUUGUGGCCUGCUCAGGGAUAUAGAAAAUCAAAGCAGAGGUAUACAGUCUGUCCCUGAAAAUACAUACAAAUGGCAGCAGAACUGUAAGAGCUCGAGCUGUUGCGUAAUACAUGCUUGUUGUGCAUUACCAAGCCAAGGUUUAGAUAAUCAAGAGAACGUCUAGUUAACCUCCCUGCACCAGGAAGCCAGUUUAUACACCACUGCUGUAGAGGUUUUAAUGAGUUUAUUAUAAUGUAAAUAUUGUGUAUUUGAAAUUACAAAUGUUUAAGCCCUUAGAUUGUAUUUGUAUUUUUGUAUAGAACUAUGUGGGGUAAUCACACUUUGGGUUUGACGUGGAGGACCUGACACUGCACUGCCCAUUUCCUUUGCAACCCACCCGUCACCAAUUCACAAUGCAGUAGAUUUUGGAAUGUAUUAUUUUUCCUGGGGGGGGGGGGGGGGGGGGGCACCUGGGUUAGUACAGGAAAUACACAAACAUAUUGUGCACUGUGGCAUGGAAUGGCUACUGUAUUUCUAUUACCCACAUUCAGGAAACUGCCUUACAGUUUUGAUACAUGAUAGCUUUUGGGCUACUACAUCUUUUAAAAAAUGUAUAGGACUUGCUUGCCACAAAACUUCACAGUCCUCACAAAUUGUGACAAAAUAUUUCUCAUUACAUGACAUUAAGGAUGAGAAGUUUGGCUAGAUGUCACUGAGAAUUUUAUUUAAAAGGACUUUUUUUUUCAGACAAUUAUUAUUUAGUCAUAGUAGACACAUUGUCACAGGUUAAUACACAGACAGUUUCUGACCUUUCAUAAAUUUAUGACGAGCCUUCAGCUAUUGAUGCAAAUUAAAAUCUUUGCAUGUCAAUGUUCCGGUUUAUUAUUUAACAGUCUUUGGUGUUCACAUAGUAUUUGGAAAAAUGAAAACAUUUUGAUUGUGCAAAUUUAAAUGAUCAGUGUAAUGAAAAGGCUGCUUUUGCCACUACUGGUACUAAUCAAACGGGGUCCAAUAACAAAGAACUUGUUGAAAUCAUAAAAGGUUUUGUGUUGUACUCAUUAUAAAUACUUUUGUUUCCCUUACUGUUUUGUAAAAUUAGUCAAGGCAGAGUGAGCACUAAUUCUGGCCAAACCAUUGUAGAAUUAUCUAUGCAAAAAAAAUAAAUGCUCGUGUAUUUUAUGAACCCAGAUCCCUCAACCCAGCCUCAGCUCCCUUUGUAAAUACUGAGUGAAAUAACACCUUGCUUCAGUAUUUAGUCGUUGUUAUGCAAGUUACCACUAGCGCAAAUCAACUCUGUCAAAUUGCAAUUAAUAUGUAAAUAUACUACACAAGCCUUGCUACUGGGAGCUGUAAUAUCUGGUCUCUAAAGGAGGCCUACGGUAGUCAACAGCUAGAUUUAGAGUUAAUCUUUUGCUAUUUAAUAUGAUUGACUUGUGUAUGGGCAUUGUAAUCUUUUAAGUUGUCCUUCCACUGAAAGUUUGAGGUGCCCCAACAUUAAUGCAUGUUAUCCAAAGGGGAAGUGUCCAUUUUUUUUUUUUUAAAAAAAAGUAAUACAAUUCUGUUGUAAGAAUUGUAAUUGUCCAGUUUUGUUUUUUCUCCUUUUUAAUUUUGGUUAGAGUUUGAACAUGUUUUUUCCUCCACACUGGAAUCCAGUGAGUCACAAAUCACAAAUCUUGCUCACUAUACACCAUUUAUUCCUAAAUUAUGAUUUAACUGUGAGAUCAGUUAUUUCACAUAUGAACGGGUCAAAUCACAAUAAACUGCCAAGUUCAUCUUUCACUUCUCAUAGUAGCUAAUUAAUUCAGACUGCUGUUUAUUUUAGAUACUAAUUUUCUCCCAAAUCUCAAGUUGCUCAGAUUGUGACAGUUAUUAACAUUAUUUUCCAGGCUAAAGCAGAACAUUGUAGCAUGCAGUGGUUUGUUAAAAAAAUAAAUAAAUAAAAGAUAAAAAAAAAAAAUCAGAGCAAAAUUGCAAAGGUGAUGAGAUGGGGAGACAAAAAUGCUUCCAGCAGACUGCUUUUGAUACCCAAAGUGUGAGGACAAACUCUAAAGGAUCUGUAUUUUUAAGGAAUGUAUAAUGUGAAAAUGCUCUCUUAUGCUUGUUUUGUAUAAAGUAUUAUGGCAAAGUACUAACUUUUUGAACUAAAUUAAGCAAUAUAUCUGAAAUCUUCACAGGCUUGUCUCCAUUAUUUGUACAUCAUUUCACAUCAUUCAUUUUAUUGGUUAUUUAUGUACAAGUCUCAACUCAAAAAAAAAAAAAAAAUCCUGAUCAUAGUGUAAAAU